AUGAGCAACGAUGUCGACGCUUUGAUGUUUGGCUCAGGGCUGACCGUGAUGAAUUUUUCGAAAGAGACCGGGUCUAGCACCUCUGCAGCUACACAUAUAACCUGCUAUAGGAUGUGUGACUACCUGGGUGAUCCAUCGAACGUGACUCUCGACCAGGCCGGGAUGAUCUUGUUCGCAAUGCUUAGUGGGGGUGAUUAUCUACCAUCUGGUGUGCCCAAAUGUGGCAGCAAAUUGGCCGCGGAAAUAGCCAAAGCAGGAUUUGGGGCAGACCUGCUCGACGCCAUUCAAUCCGAUGGCCCUGAGCUUGACAUCAAAUUGGAGGAGUGGAGGGAAAGACUUCAGUACGAGCUAGAGCAGAACGAGAGUGGCUAUUUCCAAACGAAACAUAAAGCAGUGCGCAUUCCGGAAGCCUUUCCUGAUAGGACAAUACUGUCAUAUUAUGCGAACCCUGUGGUGUCGUCGUCGGCAGAGAUUGCGGCUCUGCGACACCGUCUAGCCACUGCUUGGGAUCAGGAGAUUGACGCUCUGGAAUUGCGAAGGUUUACUGCCGACACGUUCGAAUGGAAUUACCGUUCUGGGGCGAGGAAGGUGAUCCGCCUACUCGCCGAACCCCUUGUUUCCUACAGGCUUCGCCUGCAAAGACACCCGGCAGCCUUCCCACAGAAUCCUCCUUUUUCCGACAAUGUUGGACAAAUGCUUCAGAAAGUAUACAAGAGCCGAACCAGCUUUAGCACAGACGGCUUGACUGAGUUGCAGUUGGACAUUGUUCCGAUUGAUGUCGUUGGCUUGGAUUUACUUGCUGAGGAGCCGAACCCUCCAAUGCCAUCUCAGGAGACAAUACUAGUUUCUGGAGACGAAGAGGAGGACGUGGAGGUGGUCACAGAGGCCGUAGCCCAGUCUCCGAUCAAGAAGCGGACAUCUAAGCGUUUUGACCCCUUUUCUGUUGAGAAAGUCUGGAUCUUCGAGACUUUGGCCAGUCUCGGGAUACCGGAGGUCGUGCAGAGUUGGAAGAAAGAGCAAAUGGAGAAGGCUGCUGCUCCAAAAAAGACAAGCAACCGGAGAACUGGGCCGCGGAAGAAGGGACCGAUUGACCCCGGCAUGAAAAGAGGCAGCAUCCUCAAGUAUGGCACCCUCACGAAACAAAAGUCAGACAUUUCAGAGUACAAAGGUGCGCAGUUAUUCGAUGCGGCGAUCUCCGCCACGCCAACAAAGACAAGCGUCUCAAGAUCUCAACCUGUCGAAUGGUCUCCCGAUGCCUCAAUGAUGGGAUCCCCAGCUUAUGGCGGAUACAGUCAGCAUCAUGUACUUGGCCUCCAGCCACGAAUGUACCAAGAUGUGGAUGAUCUGAUCAAAUCUUUCACUUCCUCGUGCAGCAUCUCCCCGGAACUGAACAGCAAACGGCAUGCUAUGGCCAUCCGCUCCCGUGGCGGAUAUCAGCGUGCAACUGUCGUUCCAGGCGAUGUCGAGGUGCAAACUCUUGCCGCAAGUGAUCCCGAGUCUGAGAUGGAGUACUCCCCAUCGCGCUUGUUCUCUGGAAGAAUUAGAAUGACAUAUUCUAAUGUCAGCUACAAUGACCCCAUCGAACUGGGCCGAUCUCCAAGAGUGGCUCUUUCUGUGCCUGAAUCAGUCGCCAAAUAUGAUGCCAGUCGACAUAAGACGCGAAAAGCUGCACAGACAUCGUCUAAGUCUCAAGCAGAGAUUAGCCAGGACGUUUCUGAAUUGCAACAUGCCAUGUCUACAAUCGUCCUAGAUGACGGUAGCCCGUGCAAGGCUUCUAGAAAUCGUGACUUCCUGACCCAUCCCAGAGCCCUACCCCGCAGGACACCGAGACUACCUGAAGAUGAUAUUCCAGACUCUAAGAUACAGGUGAAACGCUCUCUACGCAGCCAAAAAGAUGUUUCUUUGGCAGUGAAGCAGUCAUGUGAGAAAGUCGAACAGAGGCUCUCUCAGCAUAGUCCACCAGCGCCGUCACUCUUAAAACCUUCCGUGAAAAAAGUGUCCAAGCCGGAAGCCAAGUUGAAAGAGCAGAUUCAUCCGAAUAAGGGGACGGAUUCCCACAAGAAUGCGUCACACGUGGACUUCGUCGUGGUGCGUGAUGAUGGAACCUGGACGACAGAAGCCGAACCCCAAUCUGAGCUGGCCUCGGAGAAGCUUGAAAUUGACCAGGACACAACCAAUGAAAAGAGGAAGAAGAAACGCAUCCCGCGCGUGAGCAUUCUGGAUUUGAGCUGA